AUGCGCGCCAUCCCGUCAUCAGUUGCUGCUGCUGCUGCUGCUGCUGCUCGGAUGUCACCCAUGCGAGCACUGAGCACGCUUGGAACUCCAUCCGCUGUUGCUGGUGAACCACCCCAGACUGCCAAUCCAAUCAUCCACACGCCAGUCGACGACUUUCUCGACAAGGUCCCAACCGGAGGCUCAAGCCCUGAUCCACAACCGGCGUCGCCUGCCACCGCGGAAGUCGCCGAUCCCGAGAUCAAAGACCCGGCCGUCAUCUUUCAAACGGUCUGGCUGAAGCUUGAGGCUGAAAUGACGGUCGAGAAUAUGUGCUUCCCCAAAGAAAUUAUUUGGUUGAACGGCGCCCCUGGUUCAGGCAAGGGGACCAACACGCCGUUCAUUCUCUCCGCAAGAGGCAUCUCGGCGCCCGCUAUCGUCCUCAGCGACAUGCUUCGCGGACCCGAGUUCCAAGCGAUUAUCGAUCGUGGCGAAAUGAUCAGUGACAAGUACGUCGUAGAAGUCCUCUUCAGGACACUGCUCAAGCCCCAGUACCGUCUUGGUGCCGUGGUGGACGGAUUCCCGCGAACUCCAGUCCAGGUGGAAUGCAUCAAGCUGCUCUUUGACAAAAUGAUGGCCCUGCGCAAGCAAUUCCUCAACACGGAACUCGCGUACAAGUUCCCGCGACCCAUCUUUCGCAUUGCCAUUCUCUACGUCUCUGAAAAGGAGUCCUUGGAGCGGCAGCUUGCCCGUGGUCAAAAAGUCAAAGAGCACAACCAGCGUCUCAUUGCCAAGCGAUACGGCGUCUUCAAGCAAAACUACGACACGCUUCUGGCGAUGCGCGAGCACUUUGCCUUCUACCUGAUCAACGCGCAGGGAAGCAUCGCCAACGUGCAGCACAGCAUUCUCAAGCAAUUCGAGUACCAAAGCAGCCAAGAAUUGAAUCAAGAAACAAACGACAGCCUGCAACAGCUCCCGCUCGCGACCGACAUUGCCAUCAACGCCCGACAGCAGCUCGUGCGUCGGCUGGAUACCUACCAGGCCACAAACAACGAGACAUUCGUCGAGUGCAUCAAACUCAUCGACCGAGAGUUUAUGCCGUUGAUUCGCCGCAGCGCCUUUUCUGGAUCGGUGCUCAUUCGCAGCGAGAACCCUCGCUUGGGCGACAGUGCCAUGGUCGACAUGAUUCUCGAUGUGAUGGCUGAGCGCGGCUUUUCCACGCAGUUUGAUGUCAAGGUCCUAGAGCGGCCAAUUCGUGUCGAUCCCGCGACGAUGGAGAUUGUCGUUGCAAGCAAAACAUACUACAACUUGUUUAUCAAGUUCCCGGGCGCCAAGUUGAGGGAGCGCGUUGAGACUCUCACUGGGUGA